CGACGGUACUUUUUUCUUAAAGGAGAAGCUACAGUGUUUUUUUUUUAAUCCUUCGAAACAUGUAACUUCGAAAAAAGCAGACGACGUGAAAACUGGAAAACAUAUUUCCCAAAGGUAACGGUUUCCAUUUCGUUUCAUUCUUGAAAACGGAGGCUUGGGAGUUCCAACCGGCUCGUAUUGCAGGGAAAGGGGGGCGACAACAGGACUAACGGUUUUCUAAAGACAGCGUUAGCUGGCAACAUCUAUCGCUUCGCCGCUUACACAAAGCGCCCGGGACGAAGGACUCUUCACUUAGCGUGAAGGACAUAACAGAAAAACGGCUCAGUUGUAGGAAGCGCGCGCGCCACGGCCCGGAUUCCGACUCGGUACGCGCGUUCCCGACGUGACUCGCCCAGUGAUUGGCCCGUGGCGAGCCAGCCCGGCGUCCUGCUCUGAUUGGGCGGUUUGCGAGUAGGGUGGGCGGGGCGUACCUUGCAUCUCUUCUCCUGAUUGGCUGCCGUGGGAGGAUCUUGCGUCCGUCUUGAACUCUGAACUCAUUCUUCAUUGGGCCGGUUCCCUCGAAGGGGGAGGGGCUGCCGAGCAGAGGCGGGGUGAGCAGUCAGCGCGGCUGUCAGGAGCAGGAGGGGGAGCCGCUGCCGGGCCCCCUCCGCCAGCAGCGCCCAUGCCGGGAGCCUCUGAGCAGCCGGAGACGCAGCAAGAAGCGCCGAAGCAGCCGGAGAGGGAAGAGGAACGCACCCCACCCCCCAGCGGCCGCCGCCGGCCCCCGGCCCCUCCUGCCAUCGCCGACCCGGAGGAGGAGUCUGGCGGCAGUCGGGUCCUUCGAGGGGGCCGGGAGCGAGGCCGGGCGGCCGCCGCCGCCGCCGCCGCCUCACGCCGGAGGAAGGCUGAAUACCCCCGCCGUCGCCGCAGCAGUCCUGGCGUCCGGCAGAACCAGGAGCCCGAGGAACUUGCGCCUGGUGGCGAAGCAGAACCGCCGCCAACUGCCACUCUGCUUGACUCUGCCUGUAGGAAGGCGACUCCGCGCGGCGCGUACCUGGAUAAAGUUGCUGUGAAAGAUCCCAAAGAAGAAACAGAAGAAGAAGAAGUCACAAAUGUUAUUGCUCCUGAUAUCCCAGUCAGUUCAGCCAGGCCCACACGAGGUUGGCGUAGCAACAGGGAAGCUGCUGGAGUUCACCACUGUGAAGCAGAGAAUUCACGAAGUUCUAGAUCCAGGACUGGAUCUCUGCAGCUCAUCUGCAAGUCGGAGCCAAACACAGAUCAGCUAGAAUUUGAAGUCACUGAAGAGCAUCCUUCUCCAUCUGGAAUCAGUGAUGAAGAAGAAAUGCUCAUCAGUGAAGAAGAGGUUCCUUUCAGAGACGAUCCAAGAGAUGAAACCUAUAAACCGCAUUUAGACAGAGAAAUUCCCAAACAAAGGAAAAAAUCAGUGAAGGCAAAAGAAGAAAAAGAGAAACAGAAAGAAAUUAAAGUGGAGAUAGAAGUCAAAGAAGAAAGUGAAUUUCGGGAAGAUGAAGAGCCACCCAGAAAGAGAGGAAGAAGGAGAAAAGACGACAAGAGCCCAAGACUACCCAAAAGAAGGAAAAAGCCUCCAAUACAGUACGUUCGCUGUGAGAUGGAAGGAUGUGGUACAGUUCUUGCACAUCCUCGGUAUCUACAGCAUCACAUCAAGUAUCAGCACUUGCUGAAAAAGAAAUAUGUCUGUCCCCAUCCCUCCUGUGGGCGUCUCUUUCGACUCCAGAAGCAACUUUUGCGGCAUGCCAAACACCACACAGAUCAAAGGGACUAUAUCUGUGAAUACUGUGCUCGUGCUUUCAAGAGUUCUCACAAUCUGGCAGUUCACCGAAUGAUCCACACAGGCGAAAAGCCAUUACAAUGUGAGAUAUGUGGAUUCACUUGCCGACAGAAGGCAUCAUUGAACUGGCACAUGAAAAAGCAUGAUGCAGAUACCUUUUACCAGUUCUCAUGCAACAUCUGUGGAAAAAAGUUUGAGAAAAAGGACAGCGUUGUGGCACAUAAGGCAAAGAGCCACCCUGAGGUGCUUAUUGCUGAAGCACUGGCAGCUAAUGCAGGCGCCCUCAUCACCAGCACUGACAUCCUUGGCACCAAUGCAGAGUCUGUUGCCCCACCCACUGAUGGCCAGGGCCUUCCCCUUCUUCCAGAUCCCCUUGGAAACACCACUCCUGGAGAGUGUCUGUUGCUGAACCCUGAUGGGAUGCCUAAGGCAUACUGCAGUGGGGGUGACCGUGUCAGUCUGAUGGCAGAUGGAAAAAUCUUUGUGGGCAGUGGUAGUGGUGAGAGUACACAAGGGCUGGUCAUGAACACAGAGAUCCUUGGAGCCACCACUGAAGUUCUAAUUGAAGAUUCUGAUUCUACAGGACCUUAGUGGGAAGCGAGAACAUGGGUGUUGGGACAACUCGAACUUGUAUUUAAAAGAAUAAAAGGAAAAAAACUUAUUCAACAUAGAGAAGCUAAACAAAUUAAAAUUACUAGUCAGAUAACUAAAGGGCCUGCUCCCCCUCUCAACCACCCCCUCCCUGAGUGGAUCACUGCACAUUCUUCAGAGUCCCUUCUUGGAGAGGAAUGUUGCCUUUACACAGACAGUCUGACAAAGCAAAGGAAUUCUUGCAAUGUGGUGACGGGAAGCAGCCAGAGCCUAUCCCUUUCCCUGCCCUCCCAAAGUAAGCAAACUUCCUGCUUCUUGACCAUGUUGCAAGUUUGAAGGUAUUUGUGCUCUGGACCAGUAUCUCAAUCUUGGAAUUCUCCUUUGCUUCAGUCACUCAUCCCGUUCUAUGCAUUAUUACACUUUGACCCUUGCCGGCUCUUACUUUUCCUUCUGGGGCUUGGGAGUAUAAUUUGGCACUUUAGGAUCCCUCUGCAGGAUGAGCUGUAAAACAGCAUCUAUUCCUCUUUCUGACAUUCUUCCAUGUUGCUUUUGGUAAGGAAGAGUGGGGAUACUGG